UGGUUGGAUAGGAGUGGCCUUUUCCUAUGUUGAUCUCUAGCACUGCAACCUGUCUUAUACAAUGCUGCUGACAUUGCAGACACAUUGGGCCCGGGAGGAGCCUUCAUCCUUUUUGCCCUCAACCUGCUACAACAGAAAAAUGGUCACAGGUGGCAGCAGCACCCCACAAUGCCAGCUGCCGCCUUGCAGCCAGGUUGCCUCUCUUGGCUGCAAUCUUCCUAUUGAGACAAUCAUGUCGAGCCAGCACAGCCAUGCGCCCUUCUCCAGCAUCCAGCCCAUGGCUGAGCAUCAGCAGAUCAUGCCAGACCUGGCCAUUCUGCAGAGAAGGAUCCCGCUCACUUUCCGGGAUUCUGCCACGGCCCCACUACGCAAGCUGUCUGUGGACCUUAUUAAAACAUACAAACAUAUCAAUGAGGUCUAUUAUGCCAAGAAGAAGCGCCGAGCCCUGCAGGUGGCACCGGAAGACACCAGCACCAAGAAGGAGCGGAAGGUGCACAAUGAGGGCUAUGAUGAUGACAACUAUGAUUACAUUGUCCGCAAUGGCGAGCGCUGGCUGGAACGCUAUGAAAUAGACUCACUCAUUGGCAAGGGAUCUUUUGGACAGGUGGUGAAGGCCUAUGACCAACAGGCCCAGGAGUGGGUGGCCAUUAAGAUAAUCAAGAACAAGAAGGCAUUUCUGAGCCAGGCUCAGAUUGAAUUGCGGUUGCUGGAGCUCAUGAACCAGCAUGACACUGAGAUGAAAUACUAUAUAGUGCACUUGAAGCGGCAUUUCAUGUUCCGGAGCCAUCUGUGCCUGGUGUUUGAGUUGCUGUCCUACAACCUCUAUGACCUGCUUCGUAACACCAACUUCCGUGGUGUGUCUCUCAACCUCACACGCAAGUUUGCCCAGCAGCUGUGCACUGCACUGCUCUUCCUGGCAACACCUGAGCUCAGUAUCAUCCACUGUGACCUUAAGCCAGAGAAUAUCCUGCUCUGCAACCCCAAGCGCAGUGCCAUCAAGAUUGUGGACUUCGGCAGCUCCUGCCAGCUGGGCCAACGGAUCUACCAGUAUAUCCAGAGCCGAUUUUACCGCUCACCUGAAGUGCUGCUAGGCAUGCCUUAUGAUCUGGCAAUUGACAUGUGGUCUCUAGGUUGUAUCCUGGUGGAGAUGCACACAGGGGAGCCUCUCUUCAGUGGUGCCAAUGAGGCAGACCAGAUGAGCCGGAUUGUGGAAGUGCUGGGUCUGCCACCCCCUCACAUGUUGGAGCAGGCUCCCAAGGCUCGAAAGUACUUUGAAAAGCUGCCUGAGGGGGGCUGGGUCCUCCGGCGGGGCAAAGACGGCAGGAAGGACUACAAGGUUCCAGGGACACGGCGGCUGCAUGAAGUGCUGGGGGUUGAAAGUGGGGGCCCAGGCGGGCGCCGUGCAGGAGAACAGGGCCAUUCACCUUCUGACUACCUGAAGUUCAAGGACUUGGUGUUACGCAUGUUGGACUACGAACCCCGUAGCCGCAUCACCCCCUUCUAUGCCCUGCAGCACAACUUCUUCAAGAAAACUGCUGAUGAGGGCACCAACACAAGCGCCAGCACCUCACCCAGCCUGGGCACAGAGCACAGCCACUCCACCAGCACCACCAGUUCUGUGUCCAGUUCUGGUGGUUCCAGUGGUUCUUCCAAUGACAACCGUGGUUACCGUUACAGUAAUCGUUACUACGGCAGCAUGGGCACUGUGCAUGCAGACUGCGAGAUGCAAAGUCCCCAAGCUCCCCCUCAGCAGCAGAUGCGUCUCUGGGCCAGCGGUGACAACGAGAGUAUUCCUCACAUCUUACCUCAUAAGCCCACACCAAGCCAGGCCAUGCCAUGUUUUCCCCCAAGUGGGCACCCUCCAUACCAGCGCCCUCCGCUCCCAUUGUCUCCCCCGCUCCCAGAGGCCAUGGAGGUAUCUCUGGGCCCUCGCCAUCUGGACUGCAACCCUACUGUGCUGGGCUCAUCAAACUUGCACUUGGGAGCCUCAGCUUUCCGGACUAGGACUGCAGGCGGCUCACGCCCUGAAGGACUUGGCCUCAAUUAUCCUCUCCGUGGGCGUGGGCACCGAGACACUGAUGAGACUGCACUGAUGGGUGUCUGUGUGCCCCAGGGCACAGCUGCCAGCUCCUGAUGAUGGACUGGCCCGGCAGGCUAGGAACCAGUGCCCAGCAAGAGCACUCCCUUGUUGCACCAGAGCCUGGACGGGCCAGGACUGACUGUAGGGCAGGGAAUCAGUGCCCACAGAGCACUUCUCCAUAUGUGAGAAUCUGAGUGGGCCAGGACUUGCGGUGGGAUGGGGUCAGGUUGCCUGGCUGUGGCCAGUCUAGAGACCAGGUCCUGUUGUUAUCCAGGACCCAGCUGCAAGUGGUAAGCAUUGUUUGGGGGGAGAAGUGGGAGGGGAGGGGAGGGGAGAGGGAAUAGGACAGGGGGAAGCAUGUGGAGCCAGCAUCCUAUUGCCCUUGCAGCCUGGAUGCCGUCUUCCCCCUAUGGGUCAGUGCUUUUUCUGACUUGUGUGGUCCUACCUGGCCAUGGCCCCUCAUGAAUCACUCAGCAGCAUGUGGCCUGCCAGCCAUUCCCUUUCCUGGUGCGAGAUAUUUCAACAUUUUGUGCUUGGAUGGACAGACUCCUGUGCACUACGUGGACUAAUGGGCUUGGUGGCCUGUGUGGUCCCAUGGGAAUUGCUGCUAAAACUUCCCCCUGCUUGGAAAUAAAGGGUUGCCCCAACCAGC